GCGGCGCGCGCGGCCCCGGCCCAGCGGCUCUCCUGGCCUCGCGCUGCACAUUCUCUCCUGGCGGCGGCGCCACCUGCGGUAGCGUUCGCCCGAACAUGGCGACACGGAGCAGCAGGAGGGAGUCGCGACUCCCGAUCCUAUUCACCCUGGUCGCACUGCUGCCGCCCGGAGCUCUCUGCGAAGUCUGGACGCAGAGGCUGCACGGCGGCAGCGCGCCCUUGCCCCAGGACCGGGGCUUCCUCGUGGUGCAGGGCGACCCGCGCGAGCUGCGGCUGUGGGCGCGCGGGGAUGCCAGGGGGGCGAGCCGCGCUGACGAGAAGCCGCUCCGGAGGAAACGGAGCGCUGCCCUGCAGCCCGAGCCCAUCAAGGUGUACGGACAGGUUAGUCUGAAUGAUUCCCACAAUCAGAUGGUGGUGCACUGGGCUGGAGAGAAAAGCAACGUGAUCGUGGCCUUGGCCCGAGAUAGCCUGGCAUUGGCGAGGCCCAAGAGCAGUGAUGUGUACGUGUCUUAUGACUAUGGAAAAUCAUUCAAGAAAAUUUCAGACAAGUUAAACUUUGGCGUGGGAAAUAGGAGUGAAGCUGUGAUUGCCCAGUUCUACCACAGCCCUGCGGACAACAAGCGGUACAUCUUUGCAGACGCUUAUGCCCAGUACCUCUGGAUCACGUUUGACUUCUGCAACACUCUUCAAGGCUUUUCCAUCCCAUUUCGGGCAGCUGAUCUCCUCCUACACAGUAAGGCCUCCAACCUUCUCUUGGGCUUCGACAGAUCCCACCCCAACAAGCAGCUGUGGAAGUCAGAUGACUUUGGCCAGACCUGGAUCAUGAUUCAGGAACAUGUCAAGUCCUUUUCUUGGGGAAUUGAUCCCUAUGACAAACCAAAUACCAUCUACAUUGAACGACAUGAACCCUCUGGCUACUCCACCGUUUUCCGAAGUACAGAUUUCUUCCAGUCCCGGGAAAACCAGGAAGUGAUCCUUGAGGAAGUGAGAGAUUUUCAGCUUCGGGACAAGUACAUGUUUGCUACAAAGGUGGUGCAUCUCUUGGGCAGUGAACAGCAGUCUUCUGUCCAGCUCUGGGUCUCCUUUGGCCGGAAGCCCAUGCGAGCAGCCCAGUUUGUCACAAGACAUCCUAUUAAUGAAUAUUACAUCGCAGAUGCCUCCGAGGACCAGGUGUUCGUGUGUGUCAGCCACAGUAACAACCGCACCAAUUUAUACAUCUCAGAGGCAGAGGGGCUGAAGUUCUCCCUGUCCUUGGAGAACGUGCUCUAUUACAGCCCAGGAGGGGCCGGCAGUGACACCUUGGUGAGGUAUUUUGCAAAUGAGCCAUUUGCUGACUUCCACCGAGUGGAAGGAUUGCAAGGAGUCUACAUUGCUACUCUGAUUAAUGGUUCUAUGAAUGAGGAGAACAUGAGAUCGGUCAUCACCUUUGACAAAGGGGGAACCUGGGAGUUUCUUCAGGCUCCAGCCUUCACGGGAUAUGGAGAGAAAAUCAAUUGUGAGCUUUCCCAGGGCUGUUCCCUUCAUCUGGCUCAGCGCCUCAGUCAGCUCCUCAACCUCCAGCUCCGGAGAAUGCCCAUCCUAUCCAAAGAGUCGGCUCCGGGCCUCAUCAUCGCCACUGGCUCAGUGGGAAAGAACUUGGCUAGCAAGACAAACGUGUACAUCUCUAGCAGUGCUGGAGCCAGGUGGCGAGAGGCACUUCCUGGACCUCACUACUACACGUGGGGAGACCACGGCGGAAUCAUCACGGCCAUUGCCCAGGGCAUGGAAACCAACGAGCUAAAAUACAGUACCAAUGAAGGGGAGACCUGGAAAACAUUCAUCUUCUCUGAGAAGCCAGUGUUUGUGUAUGGCCUCCUCACAGAACCUGGGGAGAAGAGCACUGUCUUCACCAUCUUUGGCUCAAACAAAGAGAAUGUCCACAGCUGGCUGAUCCUCCAGGUCAAUGCCACGGAUGCCUUGGGAGUUCCCUGCACAGAGAAUGACUACAAGCUGUGGUCACCAUCUGAUGAGCGGGGGAAUGAGUGUUUGCUGGGACACAAGACUGUUUUCAAACGGAGGACCCCCCAUGCCACAUGCUUCAAUGGAGAGGACUUUGACAGGCCGGUGGUCGUGUCCAACUGCUCCUGCACCCGGGAGGACUAUGAAUGUGACUUCGGUUUCAAGAUGAGUGAAGAUUUGUCAUUAGAGGUUUGUGUUCCAGAUCCGGAAUUUUCUGGGAAGUCAUAUUCCCCUCCUGUGCCUUGCCCUGUGGGUUCUACUUACAGGAGAACGAGAGGCUACCGGAAGAUUUCUGGGGACACUUGUAGUGGAGGAGAUGUUGAAGCGCGACUGGAAGGAGAGCUGGUCCCCUGUCCCCUGGCAGAAGAGAACGAGUUCAUUCUGUAUGCUGUGAGGAAAUCCAUCUACCGCUAUGACCUGGCCUCGGGAGCCACCGAGCAGUUGCCUCUCACCGGGCUACGGGCAGCAGUGGCCCUGGACUUUGACUAUGAGCACAACUGUUUGUAUUGGUCCGACCUGGCCUUGGACAUCAUCCAGCGCCUCUGUUUGAAUGGAAGCACAGGGCAAGAGGUGAUCAUCAAUUCUGGCCUGGAGACGGUAGAAGCUUUGGCUUUUGAACCUCUCAGCCAGCUGCUUUACUGGGUAGAUGCGGGCUUCAAAAAGAUUGAGGUAGCUAAUCCAGAUGGCGACUUCCGACUCACAAUCGUCAAUUCCUCUGUGCUCGAUCGUCCCAGGGCUCUGGUCCUCGUGCCCCAAGAGGGGGUGAUGUUCUGGACAGACUGGGGAGACCUGAAGCCUGGGAUUUAUCGGAGCAAUAUGGAUGGUUCUGCUGCCUAUUGCCUGGUGUCAGAGGAUGUGAAGUGGCCCAAUGGCAUCUCUGUGGACGACCAGUGGAUUUACUGGACGGAUGCCUACCUGGACUGCAUAGAGCGGAUCACGUUCAGUGGCCAGCAGCGCUCCGUCAUUCUGGACAACCUCCCGCACCCCUAUGCCAUUGCUGUCUUUAAGAAUGAAAUCUACUGGGAUGACUGGUCACAGCUCAGCAUAUUCCGAGCUUCCAAAUACAGUGGGUCCCAGAUGGAGAUUCUGGCAAACCAGCUCACGGGGCUCAUGGACAUGAAGAUUUUCUACAAGGGGAAGAACACUGGAAGCAAUGCCUGUGUGCCCAGGCCAUGCAGCCUGCUGUGCCUGCCCAAGGCCAACAACAGUAGAAGCUGCAGGUGUCCAGAGGGUGUGUCCAGCAGUGUGCUUCCAUCAGGGGACCUGAUGUGUGACUGCCCUCAGGGCUAUCAGCUCAAGAACAAUACCUGUGUCAAAGAAGAGAACACCUGUCUUCGCAACCAGUAUCGCUGCAGCAACGGGAACUGUAUCAACAGCAUUUGGUGGUGUGACUUCGACAACGAUUGUGGAGACAUGAGCGAUGAGAGAAACUGCCCUACCACCAUCUGUGACCUGGACACCCAGUUUCGUUGCCAGGAGUCUGGGACUUGUAUCCCACUGUCCUAUAAAUGUGACCUUGAGGAUGACUGUGGAGACAACAGUGAUGAAAGUCAUUGUGAAAUGCACCAGUGCCGGAGUGACGAGUACAACUGCAGUUCUGGCAUGUGCAUCCGCUCCUCCUGGGUAUGUGACGGGGACAACGACUGCAGGGACUGGUCUGACGAAGCCAACUGUACUGCCAUCUAUCACACCUGUGAGGCCUCCAACUUCCAGUGCCGAAACGGGCACUGCAUCCCCCAGCGGUGGGCGUGUGACGGGGAUACGGACUGCCAGGAUGGUUCCGAUGAGGAUCCAGUCAACUGUGAGAAGAAGUGCAAUGGAUUCCGCUGCCCAAAUGGCACUUGCAUCCCAUCUAGCAAACAUUGUGAUGGUCUGCGUGAUUGCUCUGAUGGCUCCGAUGAACAGCACUGCGAGCCCCUCUGUACGCACUUCAUGGACUUCGUGUGUAAGAACCGCCAGCAGUGCCUGUUCCACUCCAUGGUCUGUGACGGAAUCGUCCAGUGCCGUGAUGGGUCCGAUGAGGAUGCGGCGUUUGCAGGAUGCUCCCAAGAUCCUGAGUUCCACAAGGUGUGUGAUGAGUUCGGUUUCCAGUGUCAGAAUGGAGUGUGCAUCAGUUUGAUUUGGAAGUGCGACGGGAUGGAUGAUUGCGGCGAUUAUUCUGAUGAAGCCAACUGCGAAAACCCCACAGAAGCCCCAAACUGUUCCCGCUACUUCCAGUUUCGGUGUGAGAAUGGCCACUGCAUCCCCAACAGAUGGAAAUGCGACAGGGAGAACGACUGUGGGGACUGGUCUGAUGAGAAGGAUUGUGGAGAUUCACAUAUUCUUCCCUUCUCGACUCCUGGGCCCUCCACGUGUCUGCCCAAUUACUACCGCUGCAGCAGUGGGACCUGCGUGAUGGACACCUGGGUGUGUGACGGGUACCGAGAUUGUGCAGAUGGCUCUGACGAGGAAGCCUGCCCCUCGCUUGCAAAUGUCACUGCUGCCUCCACUCCCACCCAACUUGGGCGAUGUGACCGAUUUGAGUUCGAAUGCCACCAGCCAAAGAAGUGUAUUCCCAACUGGAAGCGCUGUGACGGCCACCGAGAUUGCCAGGAUGGCCGGGACGAGGCCAAUUGCCAAACAGGGUCUGAUUAUGUUACCCAGGCUGGUCUCAGACUCCUGGACUCAAGCAAUCCAGCCUCAGCCUCCCAAGUAGCUGGGAUUACAGCCACACACAGCACCUUGACUUGCAUGAGCAGGGAGUUCCAGUGCGAGGAUGGGGAGGCCUGCAUUGUGCUCUCGGAGCGCUGCGACGGCUUUCUGGACUGCUUGGACGAGAGCGACGAGAAGGCCUGCAGUGAUGAGUUGACUGUGUACAAAGUACAGAAUCUUCAGUGGACAGCUGACUUCUCUGGGGAUGUGACUUUGACCUGGAUGCGGCCCAAAAAAAUGCCCUCUGCUUCUUGUGUAUAUAAUGUCUACUACAGGGUGGUUGGAGAGAGCAUAUGGAAGACUCUGGAGACCCACAGCAAUAAGACAAACACUGUAUUAAAAGUCUUGAAACCAGAUACCACGUAUCAGGUUAAAGUACAGGUUCAGUGUCUCAGCAAGGCACACAACACCAAUGACUUUGUGACCCUGAGGACCCCGGAGGGAUUGCCAGAUGCCCCUCGAAAUCUCCAGCUGUCACUCCCCAGGGAAGCAGAAGGUGUGAUUGUAGGCCACUGGGCUCCUCCCAUCCACACCCAUGGCCUCAUCCGUGAGUACAUUGUAGAAUACAGCAGGAGUGGUUCCAAGAUGUGGGCCUCCCAGAGGGCUGCUAGUAACUUUACAGAAAUCAAGAACUUAUUGGUCAACACUCUAUACACCAUCAGAGUGGCUGCGGUGACUAGUCGUGGAAUAGGAAACUGGAGCGAUUCUAAAUCCAUUACCACCAUAAAAGGAAAAGUGAUCCCACCACCAGAUAUCCACAUUGACAGCUAUGGUGAAAAUUAUCUAAGCUUCACCCUGACCAUGGAGAGUGAUAUCAAGGUGAAUGGCUAUGUGGUGAACCUUUUCUGGGCAUUUGACACCCACAAGCAAGAGAGGAGAACUUUGAACUUCCGAGGAAGCAUAUUGUCACACAAAGUUGGCAAUCUGACAGCUCAUACCUCCUAUGAGAUUUCUGCCUGGGCCAAGACUGACUUGGGGGAUAGCCCUCUGGCAUUUGAGCAUGUCGUGACCAGAGGGGUUCGCCCACCUGCACCUAGCCUCAAGGCCAAAGCCAUCAACCAGACUGCAGUGGAAUGUACCUGGACCGGCCCCCGGAAUGUGGUUUAUGGUAUUUUCUAUGCCACGUCCUUUCUUGACCUCUAUCGCAACCCAAAGAGCUUGACUACUUCACUCCACAACAAGACGGUCAUUGUCAGUAAGGAUGAGCAGUAUUUGUUUCUGGUCCGGGUAGUGGUACCCUACCAGGGGCCGUCCUCUGACUACGUUGUAGUGAAGAUGAUCCCGGACAGCAGGCUUCCACCCCGUCGCCUGCAUGUGGUUCAUAUGGGCAAAACCUCCGUGGUCAUCAAGUGGGAAUCACCGUAUGACUCUCCUGACCAGGACUUGUUGUAUGCAAUUGCAGUUAAAGAUCUAAUAAGAAAGACUGACAGGAGCUACAAAGUAAAAUCCCGUAAUAGUACUGUGGAAUACACCCUUAACAAGUUGGAACCUGGCGGGAAAUACCACAUCAUUGUCCAACUGGGGAACAUGAGCAAAGAUUCCAGCAUAAAAAUUACCACAGUUUCGUUGUCAGCACCUGAUGCCUUAAAAAUCAUAACAGAAAAUGACCAUGUUCUUCUGUUUUGGAAAAGCCUGGCUUUAAAGGAAAAGCAUUUUAAUGAAAGCAGGGGCUAUGAGAUACACAUGUUUGAUAGUGCCAUGAAUAUCACAGCUUACCUUGGGAAUACUACUGACAAUUUCUUUAAAAUUUCCAACCUGAAGAUGGGUCAUAAUUACACGUUCACUGUCCAAGCAAGAUGCCUUUUUGGCAGCCAGAUCUGUGGGGAGCCUGCCAUCCUGCUGUACGAUGAGCUGGGGUCUGGUGCAGAUGCAUCCGCAACACAGGCUGCCAGAUCUACGGAUGUUGCUGCUGUGGUGGUGCCCAUCUUAUUCCUGAUACUGCUGAGCCUGGGGGUGGGGUUUGCCAUCCUGUACACGAAGCACCGGAGGCUGCAGAGCAGCUUCACCGCCUUUGCCAACAGCCACUACAGCUCCAGGCUGGGGUCCGCAAUCUUCUCCUCUGGGGAUGACCUGGGGGAAGAUGAUGAAGAUGCUCCUAUGAUAACUGGAUUUUCAGAUGACGUCCCCAUGGUGAUAGCCUGAAAGAGCUUUCCUCACUAGAAACCAAAUGGUGUAAAUAUUUUAUUUGAUAAAGAUAGUUGAUGGUUUAUUUUAAAAGAUGCACUUUGAGUUGCAAUAUGUUAUUUUUAUAUGGGCCAAAAACAAAAAACAAAAAAAAAAAGGAAAGAAAGGAAUGAAUAAACUUUGUAGUAAUCAACUGUGAACUUGAAACCAGGUUGACUUUAGUAACCAAAUUGCUUUGAUUUGACAUUAAUGUAGUCUUACAGGGCUGUGCUUGCUGGGCAUGCUUUUAAGUCUGUGAGAUAAUUUCGGUUCAGUAAAUUGGCCAAUCUUUUUAUUUUUCUAAGACACAGAAAUGUAUUUAAUAAAAACCUCGAGAGAGUGAUGGGUGGAACCCCUUCUCCUUGAAAGUGUGUGCAGAUAUUCCAUUUUGUUUGGAUAUAGUUUGUAGGAAAGCGUGUGGGUGUAUUAUGGGGGAAGGUUUCUUUAUGUUAUUUUGUUAAUUUAUUGGGACUCUGUGUAAGGCCAGGCUUUAGUGGUCAUUAGACACCACAUGUGUUAUGAGCCCCUUACCCAUAGGGUUGGGGGUGGGAAGAGAAGCAUUUUUUUCUUGCCAUUCCGGAAGCAAUCCAUUUUUAUUCACUUGUGUGUCAUGUAAUGGUCUUUGGCAGGAGAGAGCACUGAGUCAUUGCUGGAGUUGAGUUCAACAGAGCUGCAGCUUGGGAAGCCCUGUAAGCCCUCAGCUUCCUCUCUUAUAUUAAUUGAUGGAGUUUUACUGUAUGUGCCUCUGUACAAGAUGUAGCUUUGAGAGCUACAAAAUGAUAACACUGCUUUAUUACACACUGGUUUCAUUGUCAUUGCAAAAACUUACCCUGGUUGUGGGGGAGAGUUCUAGAUCUGUGCCAUGAUCCAUACACUGGCUAAUAGAGUACAUCAUUUUUCCAUUUUCCAUUUUUUGUUUUUACUUACUACUGAAGGAUCUCAAAUGUAAAAUUAUGUAUUUGGUUUGAGAUGGCCACUUAUUGUCCUUGAAAAUCCAUAAUGAUACAUGCAGUCAUUUUGAAUUGGGUCAGUGCCUUCUCUUUUUUUUUUUUUCUCUUCUUCCAUCUCCCUCACCCAUGCCCCCACCCAAUCUAAAGAGAGUGCUGUACACUCUCAUAGAGAUAGAGAAGAUCUAAAAAGUUGAGACUACUCAAUCCAGUUAACAACAGCAGGAGCACUAGAGUUUGUUCAUUUAUUCUCUCUGUAAAACAAGCUGUGCUUUUUUUCUUCUGCCUUUAAAAUGCCACCCCUGUAUUCAAACCAUGGCCACUUGAUAGUUAUGUAGAAUCCAUCAUAGGCCGAUGCCAACCCUUUAGAUUUAGUGUUGUAGGCACCAAUGUCUAGCAUCGUUGUGACUUGUACUGUAUGAUUCUCACUGAAGAAUUUCCUUUCAGCCAAGAAGCAGUGAGGUCUGGGAAUAUUCCAAAGUCAUGUCUUUGAGUAUGUGUCCUUGAUAUGCAAGCUUUGUAAAACCCCAUCCCCCCUUAGGUGCGAUGCAUCACCUUCUCACAAGUGUUUAGUUUCUUUUAACUACAAGUAUCAUUCUUGGGUGAUAAUAUAGUUUCAUUCUACUUAGGGAUUGUUUAGAAAACAAAGAGCCAAUUAAAUUUUUUAGUUUUUGAAAUUUUUAUUUAUAUAUAUACUUAGAUGAGUAUUUUAAGCUGUCGACCUUUAGUUUGCCAUACGGGUAGGACUGUAUUUCUUGUUAACAACUGGUGGUAAUGAUAAGCCUUCUUCUAGUGUAUUUUCUCUUCUUUCCUGUCACUCUCCUUUUUUAAGUUUUUUUUUAAAAGACUGGAAUUUUUUUGGCUUUAUCUUGUCUUACCGUAGAGAUUUGUUCAAAACUCUAAGCCCUACCACCUCCCCUUUAAUAAGCUCUUUAAAUAGUUGAAUCAUUAACAACCUGGUGGGAGGCAAGUCAUUUAAUUGAACCUCUAGGAAGUGUGUUUUCUUUUCUUUUUCUGCCAACUUUUUGGUGGCAUUUGUAAAAGCUGAUAUAAAAGGCUCUGAGAUGUUAUUUUCAGUUAUUCCAUAGGCAAGCCUUUUUACAGAGCAUAUGUCUCCAGUUGGCAGCUUGAGAUAUUUUCGAGCAUCCAGUUCUAGCUACCAGUGCCUCCCAAUGCUUAGUGCACAGUACUGUAGACUGGCCAUCACCCCUCUCCUUGGAAAAUGCCACUGUGCUGUUUGAAAAAAAGCAGCCUUUUAGGGCUAGAGUAUUUUAUAUAAACAGAAGAACUAAGUUCCUGAAGACUAAGCUAGAUAGCUGCAGCUAUAGGUAAAUUGUAUAUUUUUAUGAACUUUUGAAGCACACACUCCUGUUUCCCUCUGUGUAGCUUUGUGGGGAUUUCAUGUAUAUAUGCUGUCUGAAAGAAUCCAGAGGUUGGAGUGCCAAUAGGAAAUGAAAACAAAUGCCUUGUACUAUGGGCAGCCUUUGAAGGUGACCAGAUAACUGUCUUCACUGGACCAAUCGGAGUCCCUGCUUGCUUGUGAAGAAGGGGUUUUUGUACCUUGUUGGAGAUGCCACCUCAGAAGUUCACACUGUGCAGGAAGAAGGUUUUAUUCUCUCCUGGCAUACAUUAGAAUGUCAGAUGCUUGCAUCCAUGUGGACCACGAUGGGCCUCUAAAAAUUGGCGGGCAGGGGGUUUGCUUAUGAGUUUUCUCUGGAAACCGAUUUUACUCCUGGAUGUAUUGAAUGCACCUUGAGCUUUAUGAGAUACGAGUCCACAUGGAUAAAAUGUCAGAGAGUGGAGUUCUACAGAGGAUUCCAGGAAGAGGCCAUGUCUGUGCAGUCCUAGUUCCAGACAGGUGAGAAGCUCCAGGAACUACUGGCUACCUUGACAAGCUGGGUAAAUAGUUAUCAUUCUGGGUAACUGGUUGAAACUCUGACUUUUGGACAAGUAAUUCCUGGGGUUCAGUCUUUGGUAGCAUCACCAGGGAUAUUUGGGUGGGACAGACAGGAGACACACAGCUGCCUGUUGUCUCCUGCGCAUCAUGUUUGGCCCACUAGAUGAAGCUGUACUCAACAAUUUAGGGAAUGUAACCCUUCUUAUAACUGGCCAUUUUCAGGGGAAGCUUGGGAGAGCAGUAGUAUGGUGAGCCCCUUACAGAUGAGCACCCACUCCUCCUUGGCGAAUGCUGCCUUCAGAUGCUUACCAAGUGGUCAUUGCAUCUACUAAGAUUACAUUUCCAGUACACUUCCUUAGGGCAGAAACACCAUCCUGUCAGGUUUGGUCAGUCCGUUCUCCAUGAAGGGAGUCAUGGUGAAUUCCUGAAAAUUUUCUUCCUUCUGCAGACAGUUGGAUGAGUCCCUUAGAGAAGGCAUCCAGAGACAUAACCAAACUGAACAUCACCCCAUAUUGAUUUUAGGAAUUGACUCUAAAACUCUGUGCAGAAUCUUGUGUUGGGAUUGUAUCUUGACAUUCUUGUUAUGUUAUUUUUCUUAACUGGAGUGUGUGCUGCCUUUCAGGUACAAUUUUUGUGUAAUAAAAGCCAGUGCAUUAAGUUUAUAUAGACUACUUUCUAUGCAAGACUGAGAUAUGGAAUAGAUAGCAAGAGAUAUGUACUGCUGGGUACACGGACAGUAAGUGUGUUUUCAGAUGGAGUACCAGCACCGAAAAUGGGUUGAGGGAGGAUGGGUUGUAUAUAUGUUUCUGCCCACUAAUUUUGAGCAGCCAUAUUAUGAAUUAAAUCAUCACAGCCAAGUAAUAACCCAAGAAUGGUAUUAGUUUCAUGUGUAAUAGCUCAAAUGGAAUAAGCAUGAAUGCUGGAGUGGACCAUUAUCCUCAAAUAUUCUAUGUCACUUCUCAUUUAAAGACUCUUGUUAUGAACUAUUAGAAACUUUAGGCAAAAUCAAAAGUAUCUGCGGCAAAAUAAAGGCCUAUUCUACUCUUAUUUAAAGUGAAACACUGUAUACUUGUUUCUCUCCAAAGUGAAAUUAAGUAUUUAUAAUUUCAAUUGCCUCGAUAAGUUUCCAAGUCACUGAAAUCUGCUGAAGGUUUUACUAUAUUGUUGCACAAUUUUAAGAUAAUUUUUGUCUCAAUGUCAACUUUUUUCACUGAAUAAAAAUUUAACUGGGUCAAGAAAACACCUCUUUGAAAA